AUGAAGAUUGAUUUUAGUGCCUCAAAGGUUUCAGCUGGUUACCACGGAGUGGGGAGCACACAGGUCAAUCAUCUCAAGGAGACUUUCUCCAUGAGAUACGACCCAAGAAUUGAUCCAACUUGCACCGACCCUGACAGCGCUUUGGAACAAGAAUACAACUCUCGCGACGAUGGUGACUAUGUCUGGAAAGAAACUAGCCAUCUUCCAGGGUUUCGGGAAGUGACUGUGUUCUUCUGGCAGAGUCGGUUGGCAUUAGCCCGAAAAUUGGUCCGCAUUUUUGCUCUCGCGCUCGGCGAACGAGAAGACUACUUUGAUGAUGUUACCACUCAUCCGGGUGCAGAUGCACUCUAUAUCCACUAUCCGGGAAUACCAGGUGUCACAGCGGACUCGGAUAUUGACGUUGGCAUUGGAUCCCACACCGACAUCCAAUGUUUCACCCUGCUCUGGCAGGACAACUCCGGUGGCUUGCAGGUAUUAUCAGCCCAGGAUGAGUGGCUUGACGCCCACCCAAUUGAAGGAACACUGGUAGUCAACAUUGGGGACUUCCUUCAACGCCUCUCAAACAAUAGGUUUAAAUCUACGGUCCACAGGGUAUAUAACCGUCAGCCGGACUCGCGCUAUUCAAUGCCAUUUUUCUUUGGGUUCAACCCCGAGGCGGUCUGUAAGGUUGUUCCAUCCUGCGUGGAUGAUGAGCAUCCACCUCUAUACGAGCCAAUUUCAUGCGGCGAAGGUGCGAUUGGCACGUUCUAG